CAUCAUCUCGCUCUCUGUCGUGGAUUUUAUCAGGACGAGACGGAAGAGAAUCGGUCAGCUGGCCUCUGCCAGGGUCUGAGAGUCCGAGGCGAACCGAACGAGGAAGCGGAUGGCUACGGUGCUCGCUCGUCCCAAGAUCAACGAACCACGAGGUGAGAUGUCCCGAUUCGAGGUGAACCGAGUGAACAGCCUGAAGGCCACGGUGCUCGGACUCUCGGCGACCGACGACCGCACCAACGAAUGUCGGGUGCACUUCUGCCCCAUCGAACAUUUCUGGAUGUAUGUCCCGCAUGUCAUGCAUUUCGGCUUCGUUCUCCAUACCAUAUCCAUUCUCCGCUGCCGGGGGAGAAUUCGAUCCGAAGACGAUUAA